GUAUAGUAAGACAGUGGGUGUAGCGCAGUUCAAGCACAGCUUCGUUGAUUGGCUCUGCGUUAUUUUUCGUACUCGUCCCUUUCAUUCGGUGUCUCUUCGUUAUCAUAGUGAAACGACAUUCUCGCUGUAAGAUGAGAUCCUUGCUGUUCUUGCUGCUGGUGUUGAGGUGGACCUCGGGUUGAACUUCCGCCUCCAGAGAGGUCCUACAAAAUCCUGAUGGUCCUUUCCAGUUUUCCAGUCACAGCCACCGGAAUGUUUUUCUUCCUCUAGCGAAGGCUUUAGCAGAGAGAGGUCACAAGAUCGAGAUGCUGAGCAACACGAACGAACUCCUGGUCCAUCCGGGCAUCCACGAAAUCGCCCACAACCUGGCCUGUAUUCGACUUCUCCGCUAUGAACAUGUUCGAAACCCGAAAGGAACCAGAAGGAGUAUUUCACCACUUCAUAGAUGCAAUGCCUAAAUUCGCCCGGAAGAUCUACCACUUGCCUCAAGUGAAGGAACUCUAUGCCAGGAGGAAGGAAUUCGACCUUGUCAUCUCAGAUCACAUGUUUAACGAGGCAGUGUAUCCCUUCGCCUAUGAGCUACCCUUCAUGACUAUUGCCACACCGGGCAUGGACUUCAGGCAAAGUGCCGUCCUGGGCAACGUCCUCAACCCAGCUUACGUGCCCAAUUUCUUGCUGCCAACGAGCUUGGAUACCGUCUUUGGGCGCCUUAAAAACACUUUCCUGCACAUAUACUCCGCCAUCCAUUGGAGACUCUGGCAGAUUGUUCCUUCUGUACAGAAAGAGGUAUUCGGAAACUAUAUCUUCAGUAUCCCGUUGCCUGAAGGAUCAGCUGAAUCCCCCCCUGGAGAGGGCCAUCUUUUGGACGGAGUACGUCGUCAGGCACAAGGGAGCACCUAGACUGAGGUCCCCCGGAGCCAGUCUCUCUUGGGUGGAAUAUCUCCUGCUGGAUGUCUUGGCGCUCUUCUUCUUGAUUGUGGUCACAGUUCUCCUGGUCGUCCGCUGGAUCGUCAAGAAGAUGCUACGGGCGGUAUUUAC